CCCCUGUGUCUGACACCGACUUCAAGGGAGGAGUUGAGCCAAUUAUCUGAGUCCUACAGAAGGGAAAUCUGCAAUUUGCCGGUAGUUGUGAGAGCCACGGAGAGAAAGGCAGGGAGAGAAGGAGAAAAACUUAAUUGGCAAACGUAAAGGAAAGCCCCUUCUGUCCUGGAAAGAGAAUAGCACAAUACCAAUCCCAGGUCAGAAGAAAAGAAGCUUGUGGGGAGAGGGUUGUGUGCAAGGAGAGACCUGGGGAAGCUUAGGCUUGCCGUAGAUAACUUCCAUGCCCUCAGUGAUUUUUUCCCAUAGGGACUGAGGUGGCAUAGAGUGCAUGAACCCCCAGCUCUGCAGGACUAGGUGUUGCUCAAGGUACCCCAGCAGAGCUGCCCAGAGGAGACUCUGCCUCUCCUCCUCACUUGAGGCUGGGAGCAGAAGAGCUCAUCUCACUAAAGAGAAAAGCUGCUGCUGGUCCGGAGACCCUUCUUUAGCCCUGAUCUAGUAAUUGCCUUCCAUGGGGGGACGUCCUCUGGAGCCCUGCAGUCCCUCCCAGUCCUGCUAAGUUCCCAGGAAAUACUGGUGAAGAGCUGAGCCCCAGGCAAGCAACGUGGGAUCCACAGAACAACAGCCUUCUACAGCAUAGCUGCUUCUGAUUAAAAUUACCGAUUUCAUCAGACAACGCCCAGACCCAAGGCUGCUCCUCGGAGGAGAGAGAGGCCCAAGCAAUGAUGAAAACUAUGUCCAGUGGAAACUGCACCCUGAAUGUGCCAGCCAAGAAUUCGUACCGCAUGGUGGUGCUGGGAGCCUCCAGGGUGGGGAAAAGCUCCAUAGUCUCACGCUUUCUCAAUGGCCGGUUUGAGGACCAGUACACUCCCACCAUUGAGGAUUUUCACCGCAAGGUCUACAAUAUCCGGGGAGAUAUGUAUCAGCUGGACAUCCUGGACACCUCAGGGAAUCACCCUUUCCCUGCUAUGAGGAGGCUUUCUAUCUUGACAGGUGAUGUUUUCAUCCUGGUAUUCAGCUUGGAUAACAGAGAAUCCUUUGAUGAGGUCAAGAGACUCCAGAAGCAGAUCCUCGAGGUCAAAUCCUGCCUGAAGAACAAGACCAAGGAAUCAGCUGACCUCCCCAUGGUGAUCUGUGGCAACAAAAAUGACCACAGUGAAAUCUACCGCAAAGUGCGCUCAGAUGAAGGUGAGAACCUUGUGUCCAGUGAUGAAAACUGUGCUUACUUUGAAGUUUCAGCUAAGAAGAACACCAACGUGGAUGAGAUGUUCUAUGUUCUCUUCAGCAUGGCCAAGUUACCUCAUGAGAUGAGCCCUGCUCUCCACAGGAAAAUCUCCAUCCAGUAUGGGGACACUUUCCAGCAGAAAUCCUUCCGGAUGCGGCGAGUGAAGGACAUGGAUGCCUAUGGCAUGAUCUCUCCCUUUGCUCGCCGGCCAAGUGUCAACAGUGACCUGAAGUACAUCAAAUCGAAAGUUCUCAGGGAAGGUCAGUCAAGGGAGAGGGAGAAAUGCACAAUCCAGUGAAGAGGGCUUGUGCUUCUGGCUGAAGUCAUCAUCCACAUGAAGUGCCUUAAAGAAAAAUGGUCUGUGGAAGCACAGAACGGGCUCACUGGGUUCAUCGAGGAAACCCUACACAGCAAAAGGGUAACUCUUCCUGCGGAUUCUGCUGAGUCAACGAAUGUAAAUAACAUCAACCUCAUAAGCAACUAGGAAAAAUCAUACGCCUGAGUGUGCAUUUCUCUAUAAUGUAGUCCAUCUUCAUUCCCCUUUUUGUCUAAAGAAAACUGACUUGAGAAGUAAAGAAAAAUCAACCUCAUCCUUACAAAGAAAGGUCAAAAAUGCACAGAAGGCAUCAGCAGUUACCCAGUGUGCAGAACUUGCUAAGAGAGGAGGUUAUGUCUUUAUAUGUGUGUGUGUAUGUGCAUGUGAGGAGCACUCCGUUAAAAAAAAAUGGGACUUUCAUUUCAAAGAACAGCAGUCCUACCAAGGGAGUGGACUCUGCAUACGAACACAAGGCUCUAAGUCACUUCUGAGAGGGCCUGCAAGAAGGUCCUGAUAUUAUGCUUGCUGGGUCAGUUAUUGACAUGAAUGUUGUUUUGUAUUAUAGAUUUUAUUUGGGGUUUGCUUUUUUUAUUGUGUGGAUUCUUAGAAAAAUCAGAUGGCAGAUGUGCUUGAUAUCAAAACAGUGUUUACUUUCUAGAAGUGAAAGGUGUUUUCCAUCUGUAAAACUACGUAAUAUUUACAUUGAUUGAAAAUGAAAUUGUUCUGCAAAAGGCCAAUACAUUUGACUUCUUUGGAAGCAUGGUGUGAUAGUUUCUCAAACCAGCCACACCAACUCUAAACUUCACAGUACAAAUGCCAUCCUUUGCCUUGCUGGCCACCAGACCAAUGGUUCCUUCCCUCUGCCUGUAUCAGCUGAGACUGACCACAUGUUGGCUUAGACCACUUCAUGGCAGGACUAGGUUUUCCUCCAACAGUAGAAACUGAUUGAUUAUAGACUUUUGAUCUGGGACCAGCUCCAUUGGAUUUAUUUUGUUAAUGUAUCUCUAGUCAUUUUGUUCAUGAAUUUUCCUCUUGUCUGAUAAAGGUUACCUUGACGGAAACCUUUGUGCUACAGAAGACCUCCAGAAGUGAAGCUUCAUGCUGGCUGUCCAAACGGGGCUGAAUUGGCUGGCUAGAUAAAUCUGCAGCCAUCAUUCACAUCUUCCCUUCCUCAAAUCCAUCCAGGCUUCUUUGUCUUUAGCUCUCUCCCUGUCUUGUUUCUGGUUUUGUUGUUUGAUCUGCUUUUCUUUGCCAUCAAAGCCACAUAUAUUCCCUUAGAUGUACGCUUGCUACUCUCACCGACUGAAACAAGAGGUGUGCAUGCAUAACUGUGGGCAGAAUGUGGCCCCCAAAAUGUACACAACAGCAGAGCAUAUAUAUGGUUUAUAUACCUCAGAGUGGCCUUCGGUACCUUGUGUCUCUCCCUCACCUUCCUCUGUUCUUGGCUGUAUUUGCUUUGCUGUGUCCUGGUCAGAGCUGUAAGCUAGUUCAUUCUGUAAUUUGACAGAAAACUAGGAAUUAUGGUUGACCGUGAAAAUUAGCCGCUGGGACAAAAAAUCCCAUAUUCAUUUAUCAGUUCCACCCUUCACAGGUACUGUAUAUUGACUGGUAAAAUACACUGUUCUAUUAACCCCAUUUCCAGGGCAGCAACUUCCCAAUCAUUUCUCCCUCUCAUCUAUAAAUAUGUAUGCCACUUAUGAUUAAACCUGUUUUAUUUAUUAGCUGUGUUCCAGUCCAUUUUUACUUUCUCCAAGAACAAGGAAGGUCCUAUUUUGUUCUUGUGUAAGUGCAACUAAGCAAGUGCGGUAUGAGUUGAGAGCCCAGAUGAGAUCUCCAGUAAAUUCUGGAGGAGUUUUUUUCUGUCCUCCAGAGACUAGGACCUUAAAAGUGGUCUGUCUGAAACAGAACUGUAUCUAUAACUACAUCUAUCUAUCUCUCCCUCUCUUUCUCCCUUCCUUCCUUCUUAUCUGUCUAUCUCAACACCAAUAUAUAUGUACAGAUAUCCUCUCAAGUAGAAGCAGACAGCUAGUCUUUCCAGUGCUGCCUCCAGCAGUGGAGAACAGUCUCCCAUACACAGAGCUGGUGUGCUCAUCCCUAGUGUGAUUUACCAAGGUCUCUGCAGAAACAUCACUGUUUCUCUCAGCAGUUUCUCCAUCGCACCAUCUGCAUCUCUCAGCUAUAUGAGUCUUGAGCCCCCUGAGCACUUGCCUAGCUCCUUACAGACCCUCUGUCUAAGGCUAUGACUGGUUGUGUCAGUGAUCAAGCUCUGGGACGCAUGUGCCGCAUGGACACGGGUGGAGGGUUGAAAAUGGAGCAUGAGCACUGGGCACUGAUUAGGAUUUCAGGAAGCUAGAAAAGAGUUCCUUGGACUAUAGCCUAUACACUGCAUUACUGAACUCUCCUUGUCCUGCUUAAUAAAGCUGAGUUUUUUAAGAGCC